AUGAUAAAGGAGCUUACAUUACGGCAAGGUGUUUAUCAUGGUAUGUAUGGCACCGACACACAUUACGAAAAAGUACUACAAGCCUUGCAUCUUGCUCCAAAUGAGUUUGCAACGGAGGAGAAGUGGUUAUGCGUGCCGGAUAUGGGCCACAUUGUUGCUACGAUGUACCAGGUGCUUAUUUCAACUGACUUUCCUUUGCCAACGGUUAAUCCACAAUGGAUGUAUCAUUGUACUGUUGAAGCUCGUGGUUGGCAGCUACCAUACCUGGAUCGCAUGGCCCUAUUCAACAAACUCUCCCAAGAGGCAAAUGCAGACAUACAUAAGGUCGAUGGAAUCAUAAAUCUCGCUGAAGAUUAG